AGCAUGGAUCGGGCAGCAGCCCAAGAAAUGGCGGUCAAAGAUGGAGACAAUCCAAUAGGCCGAGGCCCGAGGCCGAGAGCGGUGUGUGUGUCAACAAGUGCUGUCCUCCUGGACUCCACACUGUCCUCCCAACACCCCUAUAAGACUCGGCACACUCCACCUCCCUGGGGCUGCCCAGUACUGUCGUCUUGCCGAUUAGUGCCCAGCCUUCGUGUUGGUGGCCGCCGAGAUCGACCGCCAUUGCCGCCCCUCUUGCCUGCUCUGCUUUCGUCUUUGUUGUUCGAUCGGCAUGGGCGGGUUGCCGCGGCGGCUUGUCGUGGGGAGCCUCUGGCUGACAGCCUUGGCGCUGCUGCUGUGCGCGGAUGCGGCGGCGGCGGCGGCGGAGGGGACGGCGGGGGUCGUGAGCGUGGACGCGCGGCGCGCCAUUGCGUCGACGGACGAGGACUUCGUGUGCGCCACGCUCGACUGGUGGCCGCCGGAGAAGUGCGACUACGGCACCUGCAGCUGGGGCCACGCCGGCCUCCUCAACCUCGAUCUGUCCAACAAAAUCCUGCUCAACGCCGUCAGAGCAUUCUCGCCGCUGAAGCUCCGGCUGGGCGGCACGCUGCAGGACAAGGUGGUGUACGGCGCCGGCGACUCCGGGCAGCCCUGCAAGCCGUUCCUCAAGGGAAACGGGUCAGAGUUGUUCGGUUUCACGCAGGCAUGCCUGCCCCAGCGCCGCUGGGACGAGCUCAACGCCUUCUUUCAGAAAUCCGGGGCGACAAUUGUGUUCGGGCUGAACGCGCUCAACGGCCGCGUCCGUCUGCCGGACGGGUCAAUGGGAGGAGACUGGGAUAUCUCCAAUGCGGCAUCGUUCAUCCGUUACACCGUCAGCAAGGGCUACAAGAUCCAUGGAUGGGAGCUCGGAAAUGAGCUCAGUGGCACCGGAGUCGGGGUCCGGAUCGGGUCCGGCCAGUAUGCCAAAGACGUUGUCGCCCUGAAAUCGGAAGUCGACAAGAUAUACCAAGGCAAUGCAUCUUCAUCCAAGCCGCUGGUGAUCGCCCCCGGAGGCUUCUUCGACAGAGGCUGGUUCAAGGACCUCCUCGUCAAGACCAAGCCAAACAUGCUCAAUGCGGUCACCCACCACAUCUACAAUCUAGGGCCAGGGGUGGACACACAUCUGAUAGAGAAGAUCCUCAAACCGUCGGUCCUCGACGGGAUGGCCAGCACAUUCAGGAACCUCCAGGGGCUGCUGAAAUCGACCGGCACGUCGGCCGUCGCGUGGGUCGGCGAGGCUGGAGGGGCUUACAACAGUGGCCACCACCUUGUGACCGACGCAUUCGUGUUCAGCUUCUGGUUCUUGGAUCAGCUUGGGAUGUCGGCCAAGUAUGACACAAAGACCUACUGCAGACAGACCUUCAUUGGAGGGAACUAUGGCAUGCUCAACACAUCAACCUUCGAACCAAAUCCAGACUAUUACAGCGCUCUACUGUGGCAUCGCCUGAUGGGAACAAAAGUUCUUGCUACAAAAUUCAGCGGCACCAACAAGAUCCGCGCCUACGCGCAUUGCACAAAACGUUCUCCAGGAAUAACCCUGCUGCUGAUCAACCUCGGUGGCAACACCACAAACCAUGUCUCUGUGACAAGUGAAGGUGCUGCAACGAAGCAUGGGAGGAAGGUCAGACAUGUUGUUGGCUUUGCUCAGGGAGCUGGAGCCAUGAGAGAGGAGUACCAUCUCACCCCCAAAGGUGGCAACAUUCAGAGCCAGGUGAUGGUGCUGAAUGGGAAGGAAUUGGCCACUGAUGCAGCUGGGAACAUCCCUAGGCUGGAGCCUGUCAAAGUGGAUGCAGCACAGCACAUUGCUGUGGCACCUCACUCCAUUGUGUUUGCCCACAUCCCACAUUUCCAUGCCCCUGCAUGUAGUUAGGGGGGUUUUGCCCUUUUGGUGUGAGUUUUUCUUGUUAUUGCUGGUUGUUAUAGAUGGAGUAAAGAUGGGUAGCUAAGCUUGCCCAUCCCAAAGAUAAUAAAAUGCAUUGCUGGAUACUUUGUGCAUU